ACUAAUAAUUUGAAUUUUCAAUCUCAACGGUCUUACAAUAAAAUCAUUCUUUAGAUCUAUCGGAAAAGUUUUCACUCAUUUCUGUUCAAGAGUAGGUUCUAUUUUGGAUCUGUAGCAUAGGUAGCAAUGGCCGACAUACAGCGGAAAAAGAAUAUAAAUGAUGAAGCCGAGAAACACCUGAAAACUCUUAAAAUCCCUCAUGGUAUAGAAAGUGAUACAAGAGAACUUGUGUAUACUAUGAUAUCUCAUGAAGCUUUCGGAAAUCCAGAUUAUAAAUGGUCAUUAAAUGAUUUUGAAUUGGGCAAGAGAUUGGGAAGAGGUAAAUUUGGUAGAGUGUACUUGGCUCGUGAGAAAAAAACUGGUUUCGUUGUUGCUCUCAAGACUUUAUUGAAGCGUGAACUAGUGAAGGCUAGAGUUGAAAGACAGACUUUGAGGGAAAUAGAAAUUCAAAGUCAUUUGAAGCAUCCAAAUAUUCUCCAACUUUUGGCCUGGUUUCAUGAUUCCUAUAGAAUUUACCUGAUCCUGGAGUAUGCUGGAAAAGGAGAAUUAUAUAAACAUUUGAAGGCUAGUCCACAAGGACAUUUCAAUGAACAUUUAGCUGCCAAAUAUGUUUACCAAGUAGCAGAUGCUUUAAACUAUUGCCAUCAAAAUGAAGUGAUUCAUCGAGAUAUCAAACCUGAGAAUUUGUUACUCACCAUCACAGGUGAUAUCAAAUUAGCUGAUUUUGGUUGGUCAGUUCAUGCACCAUCUCUAGUCCGGAAAACUAUGUGUGGAACUCUGGAUUACCUGCCUCCUGAAAUGGUGGAAGGAAGAGAAUACAAGCACUAUGUGGACCAUUGGUGUUUAGGUGUACUGUGUUAUGAAUUUUUAACUGGAAACCCACCAUUUGAAAGUCCUAAGCAAGAAGAUACUUAUGAAAAAAUCAAAUGUGUGGAAGUCAAGUAUCCAGAGUAUAUGUCACCAGGAGCCAAGGAUCUAAUUUCGAAGCUGUUGGUACAUAGAAGUGAGAAGAGGCUUUCUUUGCCACAAGUAAUGAAGCAUCCUUGGAUACUAGCUAAUAUUUAGAAGGAUUAGUUUAACUUGUUCCUAGUUUAAUUAAUGAUUAUCGAUCAUCUAGAUCUAGAUUUUUAACUAGGUAUUCAGUGAUAGGUUUUAGAUUAAGUUAUUUGAUUUCUAUUGAUCAUUUGAGAUUUGAAAUAAUGUUAUUUGGAAAGUAUGUAUUGUUUUAAGGAAAUAUAUUUUGCACAUUUUUU